AUGGACUCAGCAAGAACUGAAAUUGAACAGAACGAAGUGAAUGAUUUUUCAGCAAGUGAAUCCAAUCUCAAUGACUACAUCUCAAUUCCACAAUUUUACACAGAUCGGAGUGUCUUCAUUACGGGUGGUACAGGAUUCGUGGGAAAGGUUCUUGUUGAAAAACUUUUGAGAUCAUGUCCAGGAAUCAAGCAUAUCUACCUGUUGAUCCGACCUAAACGUGGACAGGAAGCUAAAGCUCGUCUCAAUGACCUGAUGAAUGUUCCUCUUUUUGACACACUACGACGGGAGCGUCCAAAUGAUCUCAACAAAGUAAUACCGAUUUAUGGAGAUAUUACAUUAGAAAAGCUUGGAAUAUCCGAAAAUGAUCAAGCUCUGCUUUGCCGAACGGUAUCAGUUGUCUUUCAUUCAGCGGCUACGGUCAAAUUUGAUGAGAAGCUCAAACUUUCCGUUGCUAUAAAUAUGCUGGGAACUAAAAGGCUAGUAGAGCUAUGCCACAGAAUGAUGUCUCUCGAUGCUUUGGUGCACGUAUCUACGGCUUACUGCAACUGUGAUCGUACCGAAGUGUCCGAAGUAAUCUACGCACCACCGUACAACCCCAACGACAUCAUUUCCCUUGUUGAAUGGCUACCGGAAAGUAUGCUGGAUGACUUGACACCAUCCCUCAUUGGCAAGCGACCCAAUACUUACACAUUCACCAAAGCUCUCGCUGAACACAUGCUCCUGAAUGAAGCUGGUAACUUACCAGUGGCUAUUGUGAGACCCUCAAUUGUUCUUUCUAGCCUGAAUGAACCUCUACCAGGGUGGGUGGACAACUAUAAUGGACCAACAUUGAAUGUAGUUCUUCAAGGAACAGGUUUAGUGAAGUUUGUGCUACUUGAUAAAUCCAAAAGAGCAGAUUUUAUUCCCGUUGAUGUAGUUGCAAAUUUAAUGGUAGUCUCCGCUUGGAAAUUAGCCACUACUUCGAAUAAAAACCUAAUUGUAUACAAUUGCGUAGGUGGAAAUGAAAAUCCAAUAGAUUGGGGGAAUUUUCUUGUACUGUGUACAAAAUAUAUACGAAAAUAUCCUUCAGAAAAUGCAUUUUACUAUCCGUUUGGAAUUCCUUUGCACACAGAGCCAUAUUACACAAUCUUCACGUUUCUUCUUCAUAGAAUACCUUCGUAUUUAUUGGAUCUUUUUUCUUGGUUAACAACAGGGAAAAGAAUAUAUUGGAAAAUAUUGACAAAGUAUAAUGAUGCGAUGAACGAAUGCCGCUUUUUUUCUACAAGACAGUGGAGUUUUCAAAAUGGAAAUGUUAAGGAAUUGAUUAAUUCUAUGAAUUCUGAUGAUCAAAAACGUUUCAAUAUUAAUUUAUGCAAAUUUUCUUGGGAUAAGUACAUAGAGAAUUACGUAUUAGGCUUUCGCACCUAUUUAUUGAAACAAAGUAUUGAAAGUUUACCCAAAAGUCGCCAAAAAAUCAGGAUGUAA